GGCGCUUGCCGCGGCUUCUGGGCGAGAGGGGACGCGGGGCUUCUUCUUGGCUGCUGCAGGAGGAGGAAGAAAGCCCGCGAGGAAGAGCCGCUGCUGCCAUGGGGCGAGUGCAAGGAGGGAUGCGCUGCGUCAAGUUCCUGCUCUUCCUUUUCAACUUCAUCUUCUGGUUGUCAGGUUCAGCUGUUAUCGCAUUUGGGCUAUGGCUGCGGUUUGGAAAUGUUAUAAGAGAUUUAGCAACUGAUGAGGCCUCCCCAGAAUAUUUUUAUAUGGGACUGUAUGUACUGAUAGGAGCAGGAGUGCUGAUGAUGGCAGUAGGAUUUUUUGGAUGCUGUGGAGCAGCACGAGAGUCUCAGUGCCUGCUUGGAGCAUUUUUUACUUGCUUGUUGGUGAUUUUUGCUGCUGAAAUCGCUGCAGGGGUUUUUUCUUUUCUGGGGAAAAAAACGGCUGUCAACGAAGUCCAAGCCAUCUAUGAGAAAGCUUAUGAAAACUACAUCAGUGAUCAAAGCAAAAACAAAACACUCAUCAAAUUUCAUGAUGCGCUACAAUGCUGUGGGAAAGACAGUGACGUUCAAGUGAAACCCACCUGUCCAAAAGAUAUUGGGUCGUCUAAAAACUGUCUGACUGAAAUAGAGACUCUCGUUAAUUCAAAACUUCAUUUACUUGGCAUUGUUGGGAUUGCAAUUGCUGGAAUCACAAUCUUCGGCAUGGUCUUCAGCAUGGUCCUUUGUUGUGCAAUCCGAAACACAAGAGACAUGCUUUAGAAUGCUUCCUGUGUCACAUUAUUUUGAACCCAGGACUGAAGGAAAAGCUGCAACACAGUUCUGAAGAAGGGCUUGCCCACUCAACUUAACAAGUGUAAUCCAUUUUUUAAUUAGGUGUUAAUCAACUGACAGUAAAGGGGGGUGUUUGGUGAGUUCAAGAGUUUCCUGUGAUUGCAUUUAAAAUUUUAAAACAAUUAUGGCAUGAGCAAGUAAGAUAGGCUAACAAUGCCUUUUCAAGGCCAACAGUGACAUCUAAACUAAAAUUUAUUUGAAGUAUGACUUUGCACAGCUAUGGAGGAAUAGGCCCUGUAUGUAUGUGUGCUUGUUUUGGUGCAGAUGCACUUAUAGCUGUAUAUACAGUCCCUUUGAUUGUAUAUAUGUUUUGUGAGUGUCUCUAUCUGUAUGCAUAUUUCUGCAUUAUAUAUAUUAUGCAUGCACAUCUGUGUGUAUACACACACACACACACACACACACACACACACACAGGUACAUUUCUUGAUGAAGGGUUUUUCAAAAUGGAAUCCUCUUUACUAAUCAUUUUUGGAAAAACACAUUCCUGUAGGAAAAUAAGUACUCUGUCCUAUCUUCUUUCAGUCUUUGGAAUGUCCCAUUUAAGAUAAUGUCAGGCAAAAGACCAGGACGACAUGUGAAGUUGCAGUUAAAGUUAUUUAUUAGUACUCUUGCCAAUGCACAGGAAUCUACUCAAGUAAUUGUUAGCACUGUUUUGGCUUUAAAUAAGGAUCAAAGGAAGUCAAAAGAGUUGCACUUAGUCCAUUUGUGGGUAUGUAGAGACUCAGGCUGAUUUCUCUUUUGACUCUGCCCCCGGGUUCUGCCACUCCUCUUCCAGAUACCUAUAUUUAAAGAAAUGUGUUCUGCUUCUAGGCAAUUUUCCUCUUGGAGGAUUGUGUUUGUGAUUUAUAUAUUUAUUUAUAUGCAGAAUUGUUUAUAUGAUAGAGAUUGAUGGGAAACUCUCCUUUUUAAAGAAAAGCAGAGCAAAAACCAAGAGGAAGUACCAAACUAGCAGAGAGCAUUUAAAGCUUUGGGUUCAAAACAAACUUUCUUACGACUGAGACAUCCUGUCCAGUCAUGAUUUUAUGUAGGAUCAAUCUAAAACAUGUCCAGGUACCUCAUUGAGAAACUUAAUUUUACCCAGAAAACUGUUUCUUGCUUGGGUUUUUUUCCAAAUGCUAUUUAGUAUUUAUUGUCCUAAUUAUUUUUAAUAUGGACCAAAAAGACUUACUGUAACAUAAUCUAAAUCUGAUGCCAAAAUUAUUUAUAAGGUUAUUAUGAUGAUUACUCAGUCCCCAAAUGCACACCAUAUCUUUUCAAGCCAUUGUAGCAUAUCCGUUAAAGUAUGUUGAUAAAAAAUCCUUUUCUGUUCAUCCUCUUUCAUUAGUGCCCUUAGAAAUGCAGUUUAGUUAUUUGCUGCAGGGACCAUAAUAACCAUCAUGCUGUUUGCAACCUUUUAGUUGUUAUAACAAUUGCAUGCUGGCUUUACACAAUAGGGAACAUACCUAAUAUACAAAUAAUAUUUAUAAAUGUUUUCAUGUUCCAGUCAAAGUUAGCCAUGUGCUUUCCUUGAAAUCAAUACUUCUCAAGCUUGGGUAAAAAUUAGCUCAAUUUGUGUAUGCAUAUUUGUGUGUUUAAAAGAAAUGUCCUUAAAAUAACAUAUCCAUCCACAAAUAAUGCAAGGCAGCUGUGUGGCAUUUUGAAGUUCAAAGCAAACUUCAAAAGCAUGAGACAAGUACUUCAGAACAGGAUUAUGUGUAUAAGAGAAUACAGACAGUCCCUGAAGACCCUGAACAAAUAUUCAGCAUUACAUUUAAAAAUAAGGAGGAGUUGUCAUUAAUGAUGUCAAGAACAAUAACCAGUAAUGGUGACAGUUAUGCAACCAUCCCAGGCACAGAAUUCACGCCAAGCUUCACACUUCUAGUUGAACUGUGGGCACUAACACAUUUGGAAUGAAGCAGAUAUUGAAAGAUGAGAAACCCUACGUGUUUAAAGUUGUCCUACAUCCUGUACCUAAAAAAAAGUGAUACCAGACAAAUUAACCUUCAGAGGUCAGUCUUUUGCUUUUUCUAUGUUCUCAGACUGAUAGAAGUCAGUGCAGCCAAUUAAUGCUCAAAGAAAAGCUAUUUGUUCCUGCCAGAAAUGUGUACAGCACAUGCCAAAAUGUCUUAAAAUUAAAACCCUGUUUUGGGGUGUUCUGGCUAUAGAACUAAAGUUAAAACAUUGAGAAGUGAGCAGCUGUACUUUAAUACACCACCAUUUUUAUUAUCUCUAAAAAUCUAAUUAUUGCAUGUUAUUUUAACAUCAAACUUUUAUCCAGUCAUGGCAUGGCUAUUUAAAAUUGGAUAAAUGUAGAAAUGAUAUAAUACUCUUAAAAAACCUCUUUGUAUUAUUUAUAUUUAUUUCUGCUAAAUUACAUUAAAAAUAAUUUUGCAAAAUUAAGCUAGACGGGGAAAUUAUUGUGGUGCAGUCAUAAUAUACUGUAUUACAAUCAAUGCGAUUCUACCACUGACUUAAAUGGAAAGUGCAUUGUGGGAACUUUUAAAUAGCCCUUUCCUGACAAGCUAUCAUUUUAGGAAUCAGAACUCAAGCAAUAAUUCAGUCUGUCUCUUUUUAUUCAGUUGUUUAAUUUCCUUUUAAAUAGUUCUUUAAUUUCCUUUUAAAUAGAUAGGCCAUCUAAAACAAUACGUUAGGAAAUUUUCAGUUGUUAAUAAGACACUGUCUUAAUUAUGUUUUUCAUGCACAUUUUUCAUCAAAAUAUGUUUAAAGCAUAUAUAAUUUCAGGGGAAGCCUUUUUAUCUCUUCAUUUGAAAUUCAGUGUGCUGAGAACUCUACUUAGAUGUCAGGAAAGGCAUCUGGCCAGUAAAUGCUUAGCUCCAUCCAAUUGCCUGACUCUACCCGAAUUAAGGGAUUACAGGGUUGUAAAAAAGGAAUUACUCAAGUGUGUGUGUAAAUAUGUAUGCCAAAGACAGAGAGGGGCAAGUGCCCCAAGUUGUGUGAAUUGUUCCCUGCAUUCUCUCAACCUUUUAUUGCGUGUAUACUCCCAUCUCUCCAACAAAUUUCAAUUCUACUGCUUGCCCAGAUAAGUUAUUUGAACCCGUUAGAAAAUAACUCAAGUGAUAGGGGAUAUACCUAAAUAAAAGUAUCAAAUGCCUAAUUCACCAACUGCCCUUGAGACCAAUUGGAUGCUGGCAGCUCCUGGUGGGGAUCUCUUAAUGGAGAAGACAUUACUAGAGGUUUGAGUAACUAAAUGUUACUCAACUGGUUGUCUGGUUGUCUGGUUAUUUAAGAAACUGUUUCAUCAGUUCUGCAAGUAGUUCUUACCAGGAAUUUGCAGUUUAACAGAAACAGAAAUAAAUAUGUAAUAAUUGUUAACUUUAAAAAUGUCAUUGGUAUGAACUAUCAUAAAAUUAAGACUCUGAAAUCAAUUUCUGCUAGCUUUUUGAUUUAAAAAUGAUUUUUUGAAAAUUGAAGAAUUUAAAAUGGAACUUACUUUAGUGAUUUCCCCAUAAAGUUAGGGUUUAUUUUAAAUACAGUUAGUUCUAGUCUUACAGCAGUUCAUUUAGUGGCCAUUUGAAGUUAAACAGCACUGAAAAAAGUGACUUAUGACCAUUUUUUCAUACUUCUAUGACUGUUGUAGCAUCCCCAUGGUCAGGUGGUGGCAACUGACUCGUGUUUAUGGCAGUUGCAGUGUCCCAGGGUCGUAUGAUUUUUGUGACUUUCUGACAAAGUCAGAAAAGUCAAUGGGGAAACCAGAUACACUUAACAACCAUGUUACUAACUUAACAAGUGCAGUGAUUCACUUAACAAUUGUGGCAAGAAAGGUCAUAAAAUGGGGCAAAUUCACUUAACAAAUAUCUCACUUAGCAACACUAAUAUUGGGCUCAGUUGUGGUCGUCAGAUGGGGACUACCUGUAAAAUGUCCUUAAGAACAGGCCAUCUCUUCCAUUAUUAUGCCAGCCAUUCUCAAAUGAGACCAGAACCAAUCUAAAAAUGGAAACAGGAUGUGAAAACAUUGGAAAAAUCAGUACUUUCUGAGUCUCUGUAGAUAUCCUACAACCCUCAGCUCUGCUUUGUUCCUGCUUCUUCUGUUUGCCAUCCUGUGUUUCAUGCAGACUGAGGGCUCAUUCAAUCACGCAUCAGCAUAUGGCAAUGUUGUUGCACUACUUUCCCAUUCUAUGUUCCAGCUUUCAGAUGUCUUUGGGAAGUUGCUUCAUGUCAGUCUAUGUAAUUGGUAUAGAUAAGUUUGGAAAAUUAUUUGGGAAAGACUUUGAGAAAUCUUCUGUGUUCCAAAUAUUCCAGAAGAAGACAAAGUUUAUUUAAUCUGUGCUCCUGUUUUUCAUUUUUAUUGUUUUUCUCUUUUCAUUUGGGUUUUAGAAGAGAUGGGUAAGCUGUUGCUGUAAAUACAGGCAAGAAGAGAACCCUGGGUUUUGUUUUGUUUUUGGUAGUUGCAUUUUUAUACUGGGAAACUCUGAGCUUGCUUGUUUUCUUUCAGCUGUUUCAUCACCCAAACUAGAUAACAUCAUCAGUGCACUUACGAUGUUACCUAGUUCAGAUAAUGAAACGUAUGCAAGAAAACAAGAAAGCUCAGAGAGCACCAAGGACCCCUCAUGUGAACCCUGAACUACAAAUAUUCUCCUUUAUUAUGCUGGGAAAGUACACCAACUACCUGUACUAGCCCAAAAAUACUAAUACUGAGCAAGUACCAGGUCAUAAAUUGUUCCAAAUUGUCUGCUGGUGACCUUUUAUGAUUUUCAUAAAAUGACUGUAUUUUGUAGACCUUAGACCUCCUUAACUGAACAAUGCUGAUAAGUAAGCUGUGGCUUAAACACCAGGAUGGGAAGGCAGGGAGAGGAAUAUGAUAGCUAUGAAGAUGGAUUGAAAACACAUGCACUGUCUGUUAAUGGAAAAACAGCAGCAGAGACCUUCCUCCAUACAUACAUGCCAUUGCUUCUUUAAAUAUAUACAGUAUAUGGUAAAUGUUGUUGUUGCACUCAUGUUAUUGGAGAAACUAGUCUUACUUCCAAAACGUUAUCCCUUAUUGUUUGGCUGCUUCUUUAUCUUUAAGUGCCUUUUGAGGAACUGGACAAAAUACCAAUUCUAUCAGCAGGAUUUUGAAAUUGAAAUCAAACAUGAAGUUUAUUGAAGUGAGUUCCCAUCUCCUUGCUUGCAUAAAUUACACACUAUUUUUAUGAAUAUGAUUGUUAACACUUGUCUUAAGAUUAUCUGCUCCUAAAAAUAAUAAAGAAUAUGUGUUUGACAUACAGGUCAGAAUUAAAUAUAUUCUUUAUGUGUCAAAAAAAUAUUACCAGUGCCUUUAAAAACACCAUUGCUCUAUUCUCCUGAUCUUGCAAUUUCCAGUGUCAUUUUGGUGCGGGAGUCCGUUACAUUGAAUUACAUCUCCAAGAUAUCAUAUCUUGAAUGUUGGCCAGGAUUGAUUCUUGGGCUACAUUUUUUUCCUAUGGUAUGUAAAUUAUGUAUCUAUGCUAUUGGCAUUUAAAUUUUCAGAGUUGUUUCAUUGAGAGGACCAAGUCAGACAUGCUAAGAAUGGCCCAAAGCCAUGAGACCUAGCCUACAGCUUCUCUUCCAGUUUAUGUGAUACAAUAUAGAUAUUCCAGAUAAUUCACUACUGGAUGCUGUUUUGAUUUUUGUAAGGUAUGCACCCUUUGAAUUAUUAUCUCAUUGACUGAAAUUUGACAUUCUCCUUUUUUUUCUCAGCUGUGUUAAGGAAUACAGUCUUUCUAUAUUCUAACAAAUUAUCAUUAUAAAUAUACUAGAGGCAGCAGUUUUAGAAAGAUGUGGAGGUUGUAGGGUUAGAUUCUUCCAAAGUUCUUCAGGAAAAAAACAGCACUUAUUAUACCUACACCUAUAGAUAUAUAGGCUACCUCAGCACUAUGACACUGCAAAUGUGUAAAGCAGUGCCUUAUUAUAGGAGAAAAAGCAAAUAAAUUGAGGAGCCUUUUAAAAGCACUUACUAAACCUUCUUUUGAAUAGCAGCUUGUCCGAGUUUUGUUCUUUAUAAAGCCAUGGGCACAUUAUGCAUCUAAUAGAUGCUCUGUCCUGCUUAAUACAAAUUCUCAGUAACUCUGGGAAUUAUUAUAUUGAGUUCCAGACCUUUCACUGUCUUUAAGGAGUAGUGGAUUAUAUCUGCUGGAAAACUGGGCUUCAUUUCCUCCCAGCAAUUAUGCAUGGAUCAAGCAAGACCAGAAAGAUACAGCAUCUGAAGAUAGCUGUAUGCUUACUCUGCAGAUUUCCUUUGUGGAGUCCAUUAUUUUAUUUAAUAAUACAUUACUUUCUGUUGCAGUAGUUGUACAUAACUAGAAUUUCCACUCCUUGAAAUGUGUAUUUUGAAAUUUGUGCAAAAGACUUCAUUAAUUCUCCAAAUGUUGAUAGAAAUGUAAAUAAACAUACUCCUUUCUGAUAUUUCUGCUGUCUAGCAGCAUCAUGCAUCAAGCUGUUUUCAUGGGGGAACUAAGCAUCUUUCCCAUGUAAUCAUUGUGUAAAUGUUAUUAGCAAUUGAUGUUAUUGAAACAUAUUCUGUUUUCUUAAUGCAUUUUUGUCAUUGUUUCUCUACUGAAGUUGAUGCAAAAAUCUAAUAAAAAUAAUCUGAAUAAAAAA